AUGUGUGGUGUGUUUGUAGGAACUUGGAAGCUCAGCUCCAGUGAAAAACUUGAUGACUAUGUGAAAGAGUUGGGUGUGGGUUUAGCCACCCUAAAACUAGGCAGCCUGACAAAACCCAGUGUGAUCAUCAGCACUGAUGGAAAUGUGAUAACCAUCAAGACAAAGAGCACUUUCGAAAAUACUGAGAUUUCCUUCAAAGUGGGAGAGGAGUUUGAGGAAACCAUAGUGGAUAAUAGAAAAGCCAUGAGUCUUGUGACCUUGGAUGAGGGCUCAUUGAUUCAGGUGCAAAAGUGGGAUGGAAAAGAGACAACAAUGAAAAGGAAAAUAAUGGAUGGGAAAGUGGAAUGUAGCAUGAACAAUAUCAGCUGCACUACAGUAUAUGUAUAUGAGAAAGUUGUAGGAAUAUUACAAGUGGAAUUCCCUGAGGGUUUUAAGAUGGUCAUUAACAUAUUUAACAAUCCUGAAGAGGGUUUUAGUAAUGCAGCAAGUUAUACCAUCACUUUAGAAGUUAUUCAGCAGUAUACUUUAAGCUUGUCAUUUUCAGACAAUGUUACUAUAAAAGCCAUAUUAGCUGAUAAAGCGACAGUGUGGUAUAUACUAGCACUUUACCAGGUGACAUCUGAAUAUCAUAGAGGCAUUCGUAAACUUUAUUUUUCAGCAACCAAAUAUCAAUGCAAUCCAGUAGAGCAUAUUGUCAGAGAAAGUGAAGCAGAUGACAGUUCAUGGAGAUAA